CCAGGUUAUCAUAUCGGCGCUUCUCUCCCUCUCGCUCGCUCGCUCGCUCGCUCGCUUCUGGCGAUGGAGCUCUCGGCGGGCGGAAAUCUUGUUCUCCAGAGGCGGUUGGGAUUUCUCCUGGCGAUUUCUUCUUUCUUUCAGAGAUGUAUGGAACAGAACUCCUGUGAGUUGUCAUUGACAUUGAUCACUCUUCUUGUGUCUCCAGUUGGUGCUCAGAGGUCCAAUGCUACAACAGUAAAGACAUAUGCAGAAGGUUAUUGUUCAAUGUAUGGUAUUUGUGGGCAUCGCAGUGACGGAAAGGAUUUGAACUGCCCUUAUAAUGUUCCUUCUGUGAAGCCAGAUGAGUUGCUGUCAUCAAAGAUCCAGAGUUUGUGUCCAACAAUCACGGGCAAUGUCUGCUGCACUUCAGACCAGUUUGACACAUUACAUGGGCAAGUCCAGCAAGCUAUUCCUUUUCUUGUGGGAUGCCCAGCAUGCUUGAGGAACUUUUUAAAUCUUUUCUGUGAGCUUUCUUGCUCUCCAAAUCAAAGCCUUUUCAUCAAUGUGACUUCUGUCAUGAAGGGCAAUGAUAGUUUGACCGUUGAUGGCAUAGAUUUUUAUAUAACUAGACAGUAUGUAGAGGAGUUAUUUAAUUCAUGCAAGGAUGUGAAGUUUGGGACUAUGAAUACUCGUGCAAUCGAUUUGGUUGGUGCAGGUGCUCAAAAUUACAAAGAGUGGCUUGCAUUUCUUGGUCAUCAAGCAAAUCCUAAUGAGCCUGGUUCACCAUAUGCAAUAGCCUUUCGAUUGGAUCUUAAUGACUCAUCCGGGAUGAAGCCCAUGAAUGUUACUGCUUAUUCAUGUGGUGACCCUUCUCUUGGCUGUUCAUGUGGUGAUUGUCCUUAUUCUUCUGUAUGUUCUGAGUCUGCCUCACCUGCUCCUCAUGAGAAACAAGCAUGUGCUAUUAGAAUUGGCUCUUUAAAGGUCAAAUGUUUGGAUUUUUCACUAGCAAUUCUGUACCUUCUCAUAAUUUCUGCAUUUUUAGUAUGGGGUUUGUUACACAGAAAACAAGAAAGAACAGAUCCAUCUAGAACAAAACCGUUGCUGAAUGUGAAGGAUGAAUAUGAGCUCCAUUCUGUUAAUAAGCAGGAAAUUUCUAUUCAGCCUACUCAGGUAUCUGAAGAGGCUCCUGCAGUAGUUACAAUGCUGCAUCCUUCUGUUGUUCAAGGUUAUAUAUCAAAUUUCUUCAGGAUUUAUGGAUCCUUUGUCUCCAGAAAUCCAACUCUUGUUUUGUGUUUGUCACUGGCUGUUCCUCUUCUCCUUUGCAUAGGUCUAAUCCGUUUCAAGGUUGAGACACGACCUGAAAAGCUCUGGGUGGAUCCUGGAAGUAAGGCUGCAGAGGAAAAGCUAUAUUUUGACAGCCACCUUGCCCCUUUUUAUAGAAUUGAACAGCUCAUCUUGGCCACCGUUCCAGUUUCAAAGCAUGAGAAGCCACCUAGUAUUGUGACAGAUAAAAGUAUAAAGUUGCUAUUUGAAAUUCAAAAAAAGAUUGAUGGUCUACGCGCAAAUUUUUCUGGGUCUACAGUAUCCCUUACUGAUAUUUGCUUGAAGCCACUUGGUGAAGAUUGUGCCACUCAAAGUGUGCUGCAGUAUUUCAAAAUGGAUCCUGAAAAUUAUGAUGGUUUUGGGGGUGUUGACCAUGCUGAGUAUUGUUUUCAGCAUUACUCUUCCGCAGAAACAUGCCUGAGUGCAUUUCGGGCUCCUCUGGAUCCAACGACAGCAUUGGGCGGAUUUACUGGAAGUAACUACUCUGAGGCUUCUGCAUUUGUGGUAACAUAUCCAGUGAACAAUGAAAUUGAUAAAAGUGGCAAGGAGAAUGGAAAGGCUGUGGCUUGGGAAAAGGCUUUCAUUCAUCUAGUAAAGGAAGAGUUACAACCAAUGGUACAGCUGCAAAAUCUUACUCUUUCUUUUUCAUCGGAAAGUUCUAUCCAGGAAGAACUGAAAAGAGAAAGUGCUGCUGAUGUAAUCACUAUAGUGGUAAGCUAUCUUGUGAUGUUUGCUUACAUAUCUUUCACACUGGGUGAUAGUCCUCGUAUGUCUUCCUUUAUUGUUUCAUCUAAGGUAUUACUUGGCCUGUCAGGAGUUGUUCUUGUUAUGCUUUCUGUUCUUGGAUCAGUUGGAUUCUUUAGCGCCAUUGGAGUUAAGUCAACACUAAUUAUAAUGGAAGUGAUUCCCUUUCUUGUUCUAGCUGUCGGAGUUGAUAAUAUGUGUAUACUUGUGCAUGCUGUGAAACGCCAACCACUAGAGUUGCCAUUAGAAGGGAGGAUAUGUAAUGCACUUGUGGAAGUUGGACCAUCAAUUACUCUUGCUAGUUUAUCUGAAAUUCUAGCCUUCGCCGUUGGUAGUUUUAUCCCGAUGCCGGCUUGUCGUGUUUUCUCCAUGUUUGCUGCAUUAGCUAUUCUCUUGGAUUUCCUUUUGCAAGUUACAGCAUUUGUUGCUUUGAUAAUCUUUGAUUUUUUGAGGGCUGAAGAUGAAAGGGUUGAUUGUGUUCCAUGUAUUAAACUUUCAUCUAGCAUUGACUCUGAUCAAGGUAGUAACCAGCAAGAGCUUGGAUUUUUAGCACGCUAUAUGAAAGAUGUCCAUGCACCUAUUCUUGGCCUUCUUGGAGCUAAAAUCAUAGUAAUUGCUCUAUUUGUUGGUUUUGCUUUGACGAGCAUUGCAUUAUGUACUAGACUUCAACCUGGUUUGGAGCAGAAAGUUGUCCUUCCCAGAGAUUCAUAUCUUCAGGAUUAUUUUGAUGAUCUUGCAAAGUAUCUUAGAGUGGGACCACCAUUGUAUUUUGUUGUAAAGGACUUUAAUUACAGCUUGGAGUCAAGACAAACAAACCAGAUAUGCUCCAUCAAUCAUUGUGAUUCAAACUCUCUCUUGAAUGAGAUUGCAAAAGCAGCAUUGAUACCUAAGUCAAGUUAUAUUGCUAAGCCUGCUGCUUCUUGGCUUGAUGAUUUUCUUAUAUGGCUAUCCCCAGAAGCAUUUAGUUGCUGUCGCAAGUUUGUGAAUGGGAGCUAUUGCCCCCCUGAUGAUCAGCCUCCUUGCUGUCAGCCUGAUGAAGGAUCAUGUGGCAUGGGUGGAAUAUGCAAAGAUUGUACCACGUGCUUCCAUUAUUCAGAAUUACAUGAUGGUCGCCCUUCUACAGUACUGUUCAAGGAAAAGCUCCCAUGGUUUCUCAAUGCAUUGCCAUCCUCAGAUUGUGCUAAGGGUGGCAAAGGAGCUUACACCACUAGUGUGGAUCUCACUGGUUACGAGAGUGCAAUUAUUCAAGCGGCAUCAUUUCGUACAUAUCAUACUCCCCUUAAUAAACAAAGUGACUAUGUGAACUCAAUGAGAGCUGCCAAGGAUUUUAGUUCCAAAAUUUCUGAUUCUUUGAAGAUGCAAAUCUUUCCAUAUUCGGUGUUCUAUAUUUUCUUUGAACAGUAUCUUGAUAUAUGGAAGACAGCCUUGAUUGACAUUUCUAUUGGCCUUGGUGCUGUGUUUCUUGUUUGUCUGGUCAUCACCUGCAGCUUAUGGACUUCUACAAUCAUUUUAAUAGUGUUGGCAAUGAUUGUUGUUGAUAUGAUGGGAGUGAUGGCUAUCCUGGAGAUCCAACUGAAUGCAGUUUCUGUUGUAAACCUUGUCAUGUCAAUAGGAAUUGCUGUUGAGUUUUGUGUGCAUAUCACACAUGCAUUCUCGGUCAGCAAUGGGGAUAGGCAGACGAGGGUCAAAGAGGCUCUGAGUACCAUGGGUGCUUCUGUAUUCAGUGGAAUUACACUGACAAAGCUAGUUGGAGUGAUUGUCUUACGUUUCUCAAGAUCAGAAGUCUUUGUGGUUUCUAUUGAACUCUGGAUUUCUAAUUUUAUAUUUGACCUAGAAACCACCAGUUUUAAAUCUCAGCUGUUUGACGGCGAUCUUGCAGGUUUAUUACUUUCAAAUGUAUCUGGCACUGGUGCUUAUUGGUUUUCUGCAUGGACUCGUCUUCCUACCAGUGGUGUUGAGCAUUUGUGGCCCUCCUUCAAGGUUCAUACAAGUCAACAGACAAGAAAUUCAGCCAACAACGUCAACUCAGCAAAGCUAAUCAAUUUCUAACUUGGCCAAUCUCAUUAUGCGGACCCGUGUUACAUUUAUUGACCUUUUUUUUUUGGCUCGCAAUAAUGCUUAUGUAACUUGUUUCAUCAUGUAAAACUAGAAACCAGAUCAUAAUGUACAAGAAAAGAGAAAAAGAUUGAGCUUGAAACAUCAAGAAUCCAUCAAUGGUGCUCCGCUGCUCCAUGUCUUCCAGAAAAGUCGCACUUUCGGGUCGCGAAAAUUGAUGACAGCAUUGUUCUAUUAGAAAAUGGGGAGAAAUCGAUCCAAUAUCAAUUCAACAAGCAGUGAGAUAGUUAUCUUGCUCUAGAGAAAGGAGUAAUUUUAAGUGUCACCAGGAAGGAAGAGUGCUAAACUUGUAUGGUUAUGGUUUCUGAUUUUGAUCGCGGUAUGGGUUCUGGACUGGGAUUUUCUGAAGGAUGCAAUAAGAAUUUCUAAUAUUCUGUCGAGACCUCUCCAAAAUGCAAUGUGUAU